AGGUUUCGCAUGCGCAGAUUAUUAAGGGGGCGUGGUUGGGCUCGGAGCCAGGGUAGAGACGAUGGCCAGGUUCCCUCGGCUGCAGAACGUCUUGCUAUUGUUGAUCACCGUUCUUCUACUGCUGAAUAUUCUCCUACCAACGCGGCGGCACACCGUACAACUGGUCAAGGUGGUAUCGGAAGGGGGCCUGGAGGUGGUGGUUACGACCGGGACCCCUUCUGCGCUGCAGCAGGAGCAGUCUUCGAUGCCGUCAAUGAAGCCGCGAGAACAGACAGGGAGCAGGGAAAAUGCCGGGCCUUUAACGAGUACCGAGAGUGCGAAGAAGGUAGUGGAGGAUAGAGCAAGGGAACCCUUCUGGUUCAGAAAAGAUAACGAAGUGGACCUUCGACGGCGUGGACGAGACGAAGACUUCCGCUGGCAGGGAGGGGCGGAAGUGAGAGUAGCCAGAGUAGCCAAAGAAGCCCUAGGGGAGAGAGAUGAGUUCGAGCACUCCAGGAUAAAUUUCCACGACCCAGCUCAGCGACUGGCCUACUACAAGAAGCUCCGGAGGAGAAUGAUGGAGGGAGGACCCGACGCGAGACCCAUUAGAGAACGGAGGAUGAACCGGAGGCUGGAGAUGGUGCACGACAUGUGGGAUGGGUGGUUCGAAGACGACCAGAAAUCACUGGAUUUGGGUGGUCUCAAGGAGCACAUCACGAAUCAGAUUUCCCCAGAGUCUCUCCAGUCGGAGUUGACACAGUGUGCUGCCACUCUCGGCAUGACGACAGAGCGACUGAACACCCAGAGAGAAGACCUCCUCAAAACCAGCAAGAAACUGAGUGCUUUUCUUGCCGCGGUCAAAUCACUCGUACCGGAGUCAUUCUCUCCUAAUUUCACCAGCCCGUGUUGGUACAGCAACCAGAUCAACGCCAAGUCAAACUUAGUUGGGAUCACGGCAAGGAUUGUGGGUCUGGAGGGAAACCUGCAGCUCCUGCCCAACCAGGCAAACUACCUUGCCAGAGAGGCCUUUGGAAACUCUUUUCCCCUGAGGCUCUUUUGUUUGCCCCAUUUUUUCCUCGCCGGAUUUCCCAAGAGCGCGACCACGACGCUGAGCGACGUCCUGUUUGCCCACCCGCAGGUCAGCGGCGCGGUGGUGAAGGAGUGUCACUGGUGGACGCGGGCACCCAUUCUCUCGCCCAGCGAGAGCCUACUGCGUCUCAACGUCCUCCGCUACCUGAUGCACUUCAAACACAUGGCCCACUAUGCAGAGGAUCGCCCGCAGCUCAUGAGCAUGGACGGGAGCCAGUCCACUCUCUGGGACUCCAACUUUGUGUUCAACGGCCACGACUUUUGUUCUACACCGGCAGCAAUAUCCCACGUGAUCCCUCGGGCAAAGUUUAUCGUUUUGAUGCGGGAACCAAGCGAACGGCUCUACUCCUACUACCUAUGGAGCUGCAGUUACAGAUACGGGAACGACACGCGUGAGUGGCCACCGUCCGUGAGAAGAGACCCGGCUGGAAACUUUCACAUAGAGGUAUCUCAACUGACUGCCGAAUUCAACCGCUGCACGGAGGCCAACUCGCUCUACGAAUGUGCCAACAAAUUCACUUUUGAGAACGGCACUAAAGUGACCCAGUUCUGUGGUCAAAUUGGAUUCAGACUGGUCGUGAGUAUCUACUACAUCCACAUAUUAAAGUUCCUGCAGUUCUUUCCACGGGAGCAGUUUCUCUUUGUCAAAAUGGAGGACAUGGCAAAAGAACCGAUUGCUUUUAUUCACCACGUGACAGAUUUCCUGGAGAUACAGCCGUACCCAGUCCGGGAUAUCAGGGAUGCUCUGGAGAGAAAACACAACCGACAGAAGGCAGGUAUCGGGAAGAUGCACGAGGACACGAGGCAGCUGCUUCACGAUUUCUUUGCCCCUUACAACAGGCAGCUGGCCAGGCUGCUUGACGACGACAGGUUUCUCUGGGGAUACUCGUAACACUUUCACAAUUCAUAAGAAGCAGAACCUUUUUUAUUAUAUGUCACUGCACUGCCCAAAUUCAUUAUUUUCACUAUUUCAGUACGUCUGUCAGACUUUUCCCGUACACAGUAUUGGCAAAUAUACACACUCAAUGCUGGAUUUGAAAACACACACCCUACACACAAAAAAUAUAUAUGGUGGGGGCUAGUUAAUGAGACUAAACGGAGCUAUGGCAGCCUUUGUGUUGGGCCACAGUUGAUUGGCCAGGUCUUUACACUGACUGGCAGCCGUCUUUGCAGGCACUGCAGCCUCGUGGACACAGUACAGUUCAAACACGUAGCUCUGACCCUGUGCCAUAUCCCUG